AUGGAGGAUCGGGCGGACCCCGCGGCUCAGCCUGAACGGGUGCCUCAAUCUCGAUCCUCUGCGCCGCACGUAAGGCUCAGCUGCGAAGCUUGCCGCCAGCGCAAGGUGAAAUGUGAUAAGCUGAGCCCCUGUACGAGCUGCGUGCGGCUCGGAUUUCAAUGUGUGCCCGUUGAGCGGGCCCGUCUACCGCGCGGCAGGACGAGAAGGCAGCCCGAGCGGGUGGCCCACACCGAUAGAGAGCUCGCCGAGCGCGUUGCAAAGCUUGAGGAUCUCUUACGAAGGUACGCCCCCAAUGGCCAGCCUCCCCCCGGAGGGCCUGAACCAGCUCUGCCGAGUGGUAGCACGGAUGCGGGACAGUCUGAGAGCAGUUUCCAGCUCAAGAUGGAAGAUGUCGAGACCUGGCGGGACCGAAGCUCUCAACCGUCCUCGGCCUCGAGUUUGCCCCAUCGGCCGCGCCCAGAGGCUGCCUACAUCGGUAGCUCCUUUUGGGAAAGUAUGAUGCAGACGACAAGCGAGCUCCGCCAUGUUCUUGAUAGUCGGGAAAAUGAAGAGCCUGAGAUCCAGAAUCCCCCUGGUCUUGGUGGAAUCUCGUUUAUAGGCUCUGAGAGCUCAGACAGUCCUAAAUCCCCUCAGUCACUUCGAGGUAUCAACAUCACCCCUCAGAUUCGGCGAGGUCUGUGCGAGAUUUUCUUACGCAAUGUGGACCCGGUCUUCAAGAUACUGCACCGCCCGUCAAUACGAGCAUUCCUCAUCGAUGAUGAGCCGUACCUUGAUUAUGAGCCAGAUCACCAAGCGCCAUUGACUCUGGCGUAUGCUAUCUACUAUGCAGCUGUUUGUACGAUCGAUGAUGGGCAGUGUCAAGUGAUGUUCGGCGUGGACAAGAAGACCGUCUCGACUGAACUUCAAAGGGAGACCGAGGCUGCGUUGGUGAGGUCUGAUUUCGUGACCACGAAUGAUUUGACUAUUUUGCAGGCUUAUCUGUUGUCCCUACUUGCGGCCCGAUCUCAAGACCAAAGUCGACGCGUCUGGACCAUGAUGUCCAUGGCACUACGAGUCGGUCAAGCAUUAUGUCUUCAUCUGGGUGAUCCGCCAUUCUAUGUCAGUUCAUUUGACAAGCAGAUGCGCCGCCGUCUCUGGCAGGCCAUUGGUCUUCUCGACCUAGCAGCUUCUCUAGACAGGGCAUCUGAACCGAUGAUGCAGUCUGCAUGGUUAGACGCACAUCCACCGGCCAAUAUCAACGACGAAGAUAUUUUCUUCGGCAUGGAAACACCUAUUCAAGAACCUCCCGAAGGAACGUUCACUGACAUGACUCAUUCAUUGAUUCUCGCUGCAGCGCAGUCUGUCGCUAGAAUGCUUGCGUUCAGAGAUUUCAUCGAACCCGGCAAAAAAACCAUGGCCCUUCGGAAACAGAUCCUGAAGACCUUUCAAGACAAGGCAAGCGCACUUUUGAAAGGAUGCAGACCCGAUCUGUUUGCCUUUCAACUAUACGCGAGACGAACAGCAGCUACCAUCAACGGGUUCCUUCAAUUGGGCUGUCUGCGUCCAUUACAAAGAAGCACCAGCUUCAUUCCUCCCCAAGUUCCCGGAGAUGGUCUCCUCCGACUCGCCGCCGAUAAUCUCCAGAAACUACACGAGUCAUACAGUGACCCUGCCACCGCACCAUGGAUGUGGUUUGGCUCUUUAUGGGUCCCAUGGCACGGCCUCGCAGUCGCCCUAGCCGAGAUGUGCGUCUGUAAAGAUCCAGACACAAUGACCAAGUACUGGCCCGUUGUCGAGCAAGUGUUCCACCGGUCAAGCCUGGGCAUUGCAGACUCCCAGCACGGCAUGCUCUGGAAACCGCUAGAGAAACUCAUGAACCAGGCUCGAACCCACAAGCGAGAGAUGAUCGGAAGCCGGUCUCCAACCGAGGCCCUGCAUCACGCACCCCAUAUGAUACCAGUGACCUCUGUCGCUCCAUCAAUGUCCGUGCCACUUACAUCGCAACAAUUGACUGAGCAACUUUCUGCGCAAGAUCUGAAUGCUCUGCCUGGAUCGGCGAGCUAUACAAUGGGAAUAGACUCGACUCUGGCUGCUGGCCAGUCAGGUACCUCGACUGUCUCACUGCCCCAAUCUACCAUUACUCUCGACAUGCUGGAACCUUAUCCCAAUGUUUGGGAUGGAAUGGACUUUAGUGCCACUGGACUCCCGGCCUCGGGCGAUAAUAUCGCGUGGCACAACUAUGAGAGUUUCAUCGGUGAUGUAUAUGACAAUGUGAAUUAUAUGUUCUAA